UUAAUGGACCAUUUAAAUAAUAAUACAAAGCAAAGAGAUUUUGCUGGUAUCUUGUGCUCGUAAUAUGCCAAGUGCUUUUGAAUCGCAACCCCCAGACCAGACCAUAAGUCAAUUCGACACCUAUCAAGAAAGUCUUUAUUGACCCAACUUAGAGAAUCUAUGAAGACAUAGUAGUCGGCGAGUAUCUAGAAGAACAUUAAAUUGUGGUGGAAUCAAAUGAAAUAGAAGUGCCCCAACCAUUUAUUGAAUGGAAAGAUUGCCAAUUUCCAAAUCAAUUGAACAAGCGUAUAUCACUCAAAGCUUUUUAAAGACCCACUCCAAUCCAAGCAUCAGGUUUAAAUUAGUAUAAUUAGAUUUAGUAUUUCCAAUCAUUAUGUCUGGACAUGAUUUGAUAGGAAUUGCUUAAACUGGAUCUGGCAAAACAAUCGCCUAUCUUCUUCCAGGAUUAGUUCAUAUAGAAUGCCAACGUAAAAAGGGAGGACCAAUGAUGUUGAUAUUAGUGCCAACUAGAGAAUUAGCAAUGCAAAUAUAAGGUACUAAAAGAACACAUAAUUUAGAGCAUAUUAGUUAUUUUUCUGAAGCCUACAAUAUGAAUUCCGCCUGUAUUUAUGGUGGAGCAGAUAAGAGACCUCAAGAGAUGGCACUAGCUAGAGAUCCAGAUAUUGUUGUGGCAACUCCAGGAAGACUAAUUGACUUCUUAGAUGCUCAAGUAACUAAUCUUCAUAAUGUUACUUAUUUAGUCUUAGAUGAAGCAGAUCGUAUGCUUGGUAUUAUGAUAUUAUAUAUUUAAAAGAUAUGGGAUUUGAAUAACAAGUUCGCAAGAUUGAUAGCUAUAUUAGAGAAGAUAGACAAACAGUAUUCUUUUCAGCAACUUGGCCAAGAACAGUGUAAAAUUUAGCAUGCGAUUUAUGUCACAAUGAACCAAUUAAUCUAUAUAUUGGAAGUCAAGAAGUCACAAUUAACAAAAACAUCACUUAAGAAACAAUUUGUUUAUAUCAGAAUGAAAAAUAGGAGGAGUAUAAAAUUGAAUACCUAUUUUUAGAUUACUAUAUAUUUUAGAAGAAUUAUCAAAUAAAGAUAAGGUUUUGAUAUUUGUUGAAACCAAAAAGGAUUGUGAAGACUUGGCCACUUAUUUGUCUGAACAUGGAUUCUUUUGUAUGUCUUUACAUGGUGAUCGAACUCAAUAAUAAAGAGAUUAUGUCAUGAAGGAAUUCAAAUCUUCAAGAUGCAAAUUGCUAUGUGCUACUGAUGUUGCAUCAAGGGGACUUGAUGUUAGAGAUAUUAGUUUAGUAAUCAACUACGAUUUCCCUAAUUAAAUUGAUAAUUAUGUCCAUAGAAUUGGAAGAACAGGGAGAGCUGGUGAUAAGGGAAGAAGCAUCACUAUGAUCACUUUGGAUACCAUGGAUCCAAGAAUAGCCAAAUAAUUGGUUGAUGUAUUUAGUAUAUUUAAUUUAAGCUAUUAAAAGAUUCCGAAUAGGUUGUAAAUGAUGAUCUAUAUGAUUUUGCUUAUUCAAGUAUUUAUAACAUUUUAUCAUAGAACCAUAUUAAAAAGGUAAGAGACCCAAUCAAAGAAAAAAGAAUAAUGAUAAACCUAUAACUCAGACCAAAAAUACUAACAACACCAAUUUCAAUACCUAAAAAUAGCAGUAGAAGUAAUUCAAUUUGAAAGCAUCUUCUCCUGUUAAAUAAUCAACAUCAUCCAUGCCCCCUCCCCCAGAAUUGAAGAAAGCCUUUUCAGAUGCUCCGGUAUUUGGUUUUUUCAAUUCAAAAAAAGAAUGA